AUGAAUGAACGUAAGAAAUUAUACCGCUCUGGCAAUGACAAUGAUCUGAGUAGAGAACCUUUCAAGGCAACAAAAAUUUGGAACGAACUCAUCGAACAUCUGCGAACGAGCGUCGAACAGCGUCGAAGAAGGUGGAAGUUUCAGUACUACGAAAAUUGUUUUCGUGGUGGUGAUGUGGUUGAAGUUCUCCACACUUACGUCCACAGCAAUCCUGAUUUGUCUAAAGAUGCUACUCGCAGCCAAGUGCGUUCUCUCUGUCAGAUUCUGCUGGAGAAAAAGGUCAUCGAGUGUGUAACUUCAGAUGGCGGUAGCGGCAAAUCAAAGAGAGACAGCUUCGAGGAUGGAAACAAGUUGUACAGAUUUUCGCCCGGUCCAUUUGAGCAUGUUACUUCUUCUCCUUCUCAAGUUGAGAGGAAGAUAAAUAGAAGAAGAAGUUUGCUGGGAAGAAGCGAAAAAAGAAUAACGAGAAGGAUGUCGUUAAAUUUUACUCCCAGGGCGCAAACGAGAUUGGCUGAUAUUUUGUUAAUGCCAUCAUCCACUUUGCAGUCUCCUGAAGUUCAUUGUUCGAGUUCGCUAGAAGUACCAAAGAAGAGAAGAAGACUCAGUUUGGACGCUGGGCUUGGUAUAAGGUAUCAGAACAAAGACUGGCUAAAAUUUAUGUUCGGCCUGCGGUGAUCCUUAUGAUUUAUAUUUUUUUAUCAUAGCGUUUAUAUUCUGGUUUUUGCAUAAAUGCUAAAAUCAUCAUACAUUUACAUGUGUUUAUAUAUAAUAAACUUUUACGCUCAGGCCCUGCAUUUUCAACACUCUGAAGGAUCGAAAAAUCUGAAAAUUUUGACAAAUAGUGCGUUUUUUAGAUGAACAGAGAAAAGAAGAAGGAGACUAAGAGAAAUGGUUGUUUAACACGUGUUCACAAAAUCAAACUGGCCAAGUUGCAGUCUGAAAGGCAAGAUCCCUUUCAGCAUACAUGUAUUUCAUUAUAAAAUAGUUACUUACUUAUUCAUUUAUUUAUUCAUAACGGCGUAAAGUCAAUCACUGCAUGUCCAUAAGACACCAUGCCAUGCCAUUCGGGUCUACCGGUACGUCCUGUUCCUUCUGUUUUCAAACAGUAGUGUAGGUUCUUUUGCAUAACCCCUUUUGAAUUGAUAGGGAAGGAUCAGUGUAGGAGACUGCAAGACCAACUGCUUACCGUCACCACCCAAUGAAUAGCUGAUGCAAGGUCAAAAUAGUAGACAGCAUUGUCAUGAGAAAAAAACAAAAUCAUUUGUGUGACUUAAUUUUUUGAAAAAACAAGGCUGAAUAAAAAUUAAAUAAACAGUAAUUUUCAUCCAUAAGAGAAGACGUAUUUAAAACAGAGAGGAGGGGUUUCAUGAAUUUUUGUGUAUGAUGUAGGAUGAUCCCGUGCAACACCUGAAAUUGCAUCAUUUCUUUUAAAAACAGAAAGAACAAGCUGGCUCUUCUGUCUGAUUCAACGUCUGAUCGCAGUAAUGACAGUGAGAUUUGGUUUGAAGUUGCAUUAUCUGAACUCCUACAGCUCACAGAUGUUCCAUUUCUGGAGGAUAUACUGACCCCACCAUUGACACAUGAUGGCCUGGGAGUGAUAGUCAUAUCAAAUAAUAUUCCAAGAUCAUGUGCUGAGAAUUUGCAGUUGAAACAGAAUGCUGAUAAAGAAAUAAACAGUUCAGAAUUAUGCAAUGUUUGGUUAACACCAGGGAUGGAAUGCAUUCAUUUGCAGAAAGAACACCCAUUGCCACAGCGUGGGGACACAGGCUUUUUAAACACAAUAAAUAUCAAAGAGAUGGGGAUCCAGCAGAUCCUUGCAGAGUAUUAUGGAUCACUUCUUGAUUCGCUCAUUCCCACAAACUUUGCAGACUUAGUUGAUGGCAUGAUUUGUGCUCUGGCUAACGACUGCUCCAAAGUUGUUACAUUUCUGCCACUUUUGGCAGUGAUGCUACCAGCAAGCCAGCAAGAACACCUCAAAAAGUUGUUAAGCUUCAUAGGGAGGUCUGUGGACACAAAAAGCGGACGAUUUAUCGUCAAGAAGUUCAUGGGAGCUAUCUUACCGAAGACCAUUCAAAAUAAGGUACAUAAUCUGUUCUUUUAUUCUGUAGUUAUGGGUAAAAAGUCAAAAUGCAGCCGAGUACCAAUUACAUGUGUAAGACAAGCAUUUAACAACAGCACAGACAAAGUCAUGCACAGAAUAGCCUAAUAGCCAGCACUGUCUUGUGUGUGUUCUCAUUAUCUACCCCAAUACAUGCAACACAGCAAAGCAAUUGCAAUCACAGGAGCAAAGUCUUAUCAUCUUCAUUUCCUUGUAGUGCCUCUGUGGCUCUGUGGUUUAACCUCCUCUUGCAGAUUUUCUUUGAAAAUCUUCACAGCCAUUUUUGGGAGCAUUGUGUGACAUCCCAAAAAUGGCUGCAGAGGAGACUAAGGUAGAAAAGGCCACACUAUUUGUCCUUCCCCUCCAUAUAAAAAGUAAGAUUAUAAAAGUAGGGUGAGUUUGAUUGUCCGGGUGAACGUAGUCCUGAAUAGGACUGUUGUUGUUGACAGUGACUGACGUUUCGACAACCUGUGAGGUAGUCAUCUUCAGAGUCAGAGUCCUAUUCAGGACUACGUUCACCCCGACGAUCAAACUCAACCUACUUUUGAAAUGACUCCUGGAUUCAAACCUUUCACCAUAAGAUUAUAGUCAGGUUCAAAAAUCCUUCUAUACCAUGCUAACCACCCUAUAUUUGCCUGUGCUCUGGGAACCUAUUCACUGGCUGCUUUAUUUACCACUUACUACACAUUUCAACACAAUUGUUUUUCCAUUUCCAGGAUGCUGGCCAGCAACUAGUUUUGUCCAUGAUAAAACAUCAGAAACAGAUGUUUACAACACCUGCUCAUCUCAAGGACCAUUUCAAGAGAAAUAUGUCUUGCACUCAAAGGGGAAUGUGUCCACUCCUACAGUCAAAGAUUUGUCACCAGAUAUCAGCUUUGGAGUUCAAACACCAAAAGCAAUUUACAACCAACCAAUCUUUGGGUGAACUAAUGACUUUCAUUAUUGACAAUUUGCAAAUGACGCUUAAAGAAAAGGAAGAAAGGCUGAAACUUUUCCAGAAACACCACUAUGAUAUUUUUAUACAACAGUUCCCCACUGGACAAUUGUAA